CGAGCGGAGUCCGUCCGUGAGGGGUCACGUUGCGUUGCCAAGGGUUUGUGGUUGGUUUGUGGUCGUGACCUACUUUACUACCGGUUUGAUCUCGUUGACGACUGAAGAACAGAAGAAAGCAGAAAAGACUAUUUUUCUCUUGUUUACAAUGGAUUCUGUUAAUACCAUUAAAGACAAAUUAUCGGCGAUUGUGUCUGCGAUGGACCAGUACCUGGAGCCGAUAGGUGGCGCGGGCGGCGCGGUGGCGCUCACCGCCGUGGCCGCCGCCGCCACCUACUACUACUCGCGACAGCCCGUUCCCGUGAAACCGCUGGUCGACCUCGAACAGCAGACCGUCGAGGAGUUCGAGACUCCGCCAAACCGCCAGGGCAGAGACCCAGCUCCGGGUCCGGAGCUGAUCCGUCGGUCGCGCAUCCCGUACAAGGGAUCCAAGGAUGGCCAGUACUUCAAGUACCUGGAUGACAACACCAAGACCAUGUUCGACGCGUUUCGGCGAGGCGCCAAAUUGUCCAAUAACGGCCCGUGCCUGGGCUGGCACGAGGAUAAGGACAAGCCCUACCAGUGGAUCAACUACAACGAGUCGCUGCUCAGGGCCAAAAACUUCGCCGCCGGACUGCUGGCCACAGGUCUGAAGCCGGGCCAGGAGACGAACGUGGGCGUGUACACUCAGAACUGUCCCGAGUGGGUGCUUACGGAGCAGGGCUGCUACUGCUACAACAUGGUCAUCGUGCCGCUGUACGACACGCUCGGGGAGGAGGCGUGCACCUUCAUCAUCAACCAGGCCAACAUCUCGGUGGUGGUGGUGGAUAACGACACCAAGAUCUCCACCCUGCUGGGGCAGCGGCCGCGCCCACUGACGCACAUCGUCAGCACGCGGCCCGUGAAGCCGGAGCUGGUCCAGCGCGCAAAGGAUGCCGGCGUGCGCGUGUCGCGCUUCACAGAGGUGGAGAAACUGGGAGCCGCCGCCAACAUCAAGGAGACGCCGCCGAAGCCGGAGGACCUGGCGACCAUCUGCUACACGUCGGGCACCACGGGCGAUCCCAAGGGCGUGAUGUUGACCCACGAGAACCUGGUGGCCGACGUGGGUGCCGUGCUGAUCCAGCUGGGAGAGUGCGCGCCAGACCACACCGAUACACUCAUCAGCUUCCUGCCGCUGGCGCACAUGCUAGAGCGCGUCUGUGAGACGGCGAUGUACAUGCAGGGCGGCUCUGUGGGUUUCUUCCUGGGUGAUAUCCGCGCGCUGAUGGACGACAUGAAGCACCUGCGGCCCACUCUGAUGCCCGUGGUGCCGCGGCUGCUGAACCGCAUCUACGACAAGGUCUGGUCCAACGUGGCCGGCAGCAAGUUCAAGACCAAGAUGCUGCAGUGGGCGCUGGACGCCAAGGAAGCCGAGAUCAAACGCGGUAUAAUCCGUAACGACUCGUUCUGGGACCGGCUGGUGCUGAAGAAGGUGCGCGACUCGCUGGGCGGCCGGGUGCGCCUCAUGGUGGUCGGCUCGGCACCCAUGGCCGCCAACGUGCUCACUUUCAUGAGGGCAGCGCUCGGAUGCACGGUUCUGGAGGGAUACGGCCAGACGGAGUGCGUGGCGCCGUGCACACUGACCUUGCAGGGCGACGCGCGGCCCGACCACGUCGGUCCUCCGCUGCCCUGCUGUGACAUUAAGCUGGUGGAUGUGCCCGAGAUGAACUACUUCGCCGCCUCCGGCCAGGGCGAGGUGUGCAUCCGCGGCACCAACGUCACUCAGGGCUACUACAAGAACCCGGAGAAGACGCGCGAGACGAUCGACUCGGACGGCUGGCUGCACACGGGAGAUGUGGGACAGUGGCUGCCCAACGGAACGCUGCGCAUCAUCGACCGCGCCAAGCACAUCUUCAAACUGUCACAGGGCGAGUACGUGGCGCCGGAGAAGGUGGAGAACGUGUACGUGCGCUCGCAGCUGAUCGCCCAGAUGUUCGUGCACGGCGAGAGCCUCAAGUCGUCCGUCGUGGCCGUGGUGGUGCCGGACGUGGACGUGCUGAAGGCCUGGGCCACCAAGAACAACGUGCCGGGCACGCUGUCCGUGCUCUGCCAGAGUCCCAAGGUGAAGAAACACAUAAUGGACGACAUGAACCGACUGGCCAAGGAGGCCAACCUCAAGAGCUUCGAACAGGUGAAGGACAUUUACCUGCACCCGGACCCGUUCAGCGUCCAGAACAACCUGCUGACGCCCACGCUGAAGGCCAAGCGACCAGAGCUCCGCAAGUACUUCAAACCCCAGCUAGACGACCUCUACUCCAAACUCACCUGAACGCUGCCCGCGGCCAGACUAGCAAUGACAAGUGCGCCGCCCGGCCGCCAGGUGGCAGUCCGAGCGCCCGCCGCCCGGCGAUAGGUGAU